AUGUUCACAGGAGGCAUGUGCAUUGAGGGGCUCGAGAGCUCGUGUGUGGAUCCUCUGAGGCUGAGAGAGGAUGACUUGGCAGAAGGCUGGAAGAACAGAGUGCUGGCCCACCGCUUCGAACUGCUCAUCACUUCAUGUAUCAUUGUGGUGCUCACUCUCGCUCUCAGCAUUGGUCUUGGAGUUGGUCUGAGCUGUGUGGGGAAGUUCCGUUGUGGCUCAUCAUCUCAGUGCAUCAGCACUUUUGCUCAGUGUGAUGGAGUGGUGCACUGUGAAAAUGAGGAGGAUGAGCUCGGCUGUGUGCGUCUGAGUGGUAGGAGCUCAGUCUUGCAGAUUCAAAGAAAGGGAGAAUGGAAGACAGUCUGCUCAGAGGACUGGAACAACUGGCUGGGCAUCUCUGCCUGCAAGCAGCUGGGAUACUCCAGAUAUGUGGAGUCCUUCUUCAUCUCCCUGACAUCCAUUGAGCAAGACCUUCAGACCAGCCUGGUGUCUAUCAACCUAAGCCAGUCACAGAUCAUUAAGCUCCAGAACGCCGCAGCCUUCAGUAAGACGCAGUGCAGCUCAGGGUUGGUGACCACUCUGAAAUGUUUGGAAUGUGGAUCCAGGCCUCAGUACAGCACUCGUAUUGUUGGAGGUAAUAUCUCCAAACCGGGCCAGUUCCCGUGGCAGGUCAGCCUCCACUACAAGAGUGAACACCUGUGUGGAGGCUCUAUCAUAACGUCACGCUGGAUCCUCACUGCAGCGCACUGUGUAUACGGGUUUGAAGAUUCCUCACUGUGGGCGGUCCAUGUGGGACUGACGGAGCAGCUGAUCCAUGGAGCCCAGUCUCUGACUGUGGAAAGUAUCGUAUACCAUUCUCGCUACCGGCACAGAGGACUGGACUACGACAUUGCAUUGAUGAAACUGGCCAGGCCCCUUGUUUUUAAUGGCCUUGUGGAGCCCAUCUGCCUUCCCAACUAUGGAGAGGAGUUUACGGAGGGCACCAUGUGCUGGAUCUCUGGCUGGGGAGCAACAGAGGAAGAUGGAGAGACCAGUGUAGUUCUGCGCUCAGCCAUGGUUCCGCUCAUCUCCACCAAGACCUGUAACCAACCAGAGAUUUACAAGGGCUUAAUCUCCUCCUUGAUGAUCUGUGCAGGAUACCUGGAGGGAGGAAUUGACUCCUGUCAGGGCGACAGCGGAGGUCCUCUGGCCUGUGAGGACUCAUCUGUAUGGAAGCUAGUUGGAGCAACCAGCUGGGGAAGUGGCUGUGCUUUGAGGAACAAGCCAGGCGUUUACACUCGCAUCACAAAGUCACUCAGCUGGAUCCACAAACAUAUGGAGAAAGAAGAGGCUCACGAUACACCUGAGCUGAGCACAGACAACUGAAUCACCAGGUUACUUCUCAAUGGAUUCUGUUGGGGUGUUUACGCAUUUGACACAAACAAUAAAUAUAUAAAGCAAAACAAAAACAAAAAACCUUUAGAGACAAACUGAAGUACAAUCCUGUCUGGAGGCAAAGCUGAUGGAGCAGAGGGAAGAGACCAUGGAGAGAGAGUUGGGCAUCGUUUAUUCCAAAAUAGAAAGCUCUAAGGCAAAACAGACAAGAGAAAAGUGAACAACGCUUCAUAUAAAGCAAGACAGACACAAGUGAAGAACCAAGAGCUCAACAAGGGCCCACCAAGAGACACUACACCCUCAGGCCACAUUAACUCAACCAGGUCUGAACUUUACAACAAGGAUAGAAAAAAAAGAUUACUGCAACUAUUAACAGAAAACUGUUAUACAGUACAAUAUUACAGUUAUCUAAACAAGAGGCACUGCAAUUUGUGCAGUAAUAUCAACAAAUUGCUAAUGAGAUUUCAGAUCUUUCACUAUAUGUGGUUGCAGUGGCAGGGGAGCCGACAGGCUGCAGCGAUGCUCCCAGUCCUUUAGGCAGGCAAUGAACAAGGAGUCUAACUGUCCACCGGCUCUCUGGUUUUAAUGCAGUAGCAUAUACAUGUACAUAAAUAAAAGUUGAAUGCGAGCAAAACAUCCACUGCCUCUUGUUGAUGAUGGAUUUCAUAUCUCAUUAAGGAAACUGCCCUACGAGGGGUUUCCAUCUCAGAACCAUGUGAUUUAGCAUAGUGUUCUGAAUUGUGCAUUUGAGAAAGUGAUGCCUAUGCAACUAUUGUAAAAUGAUUAAAAGAUGUAUUGUAUGGUAUACACAAUGUGAGCAAAACUGGAACUGUAUAUUUUAAAAAGCUGAAGUACUGCAGUCAUGUUACUGUGUAAGAUAAUAGACAACUGGGGUGUUGCAGUACACAAAAUAAAAUUAUUAACAAUGCUUUACAGAGCCACAAAUGUGUUCCGCAGUUUAGUGUCUUUUUGACCAAUUUCACCGAAGGUAAGAUUUUCUUUAUGUGCUUCUUGGCAAGAAAUCUUUAGUAAAGAACAGAUAAGGCCUUGUUAGUAUUGUAAGUUUAAAACCAAUUUAAAUAGCAAUUUUCCUUAGCAUUCAAUUCCUUUUUAUGUUAUUUAGAAAACUUCAUAUAACCCUGGAAAACAGGGUCACUAGCUUUAAUUAUGAAUCUGUACAUAAAUAUUCCUUACAAAACAGGAGAACACAAAAAUGAAACAAAAAACACUAAUUUCAUAUGUCUGUAUAUAAAAAUAAGCAUUUCUUUUUUUUUUCUUUUUCUUUUUUUUUUUUUUUAAAUCUCUCCACUUGUUCUCCGUUUGGCCAGUGGGAGCCUGUUGGAGAGCCGUGGAGUAAAUCGUAAGAGUGUGCACAUUUAUUCGAAACACAAGCAUGCAAAAAGUGAAGACAAACCCUUACAGAUACAACUUUAAAGUGUUGGCAUCCAAAAUGAGAAUUCAACUGGGGACAAGGUACAGUGGCAAGAAAUAAAAAAA